AUGGUGAGACCUUUCGAUAAUAUUGGUGACAUUAAUGAACGAAAAGAGUUAUGGAAGUUCGAUGUAAUUAUACAUCGCAAAUGGAAGGUCACAACAACUAACAAGGAGUAUUUCGAGUUGGUUAUAAUAGACAAACAUUGCCAUGAUAUUCAAGUGGUUGUUCCAACUUUAUUUAGGAAAUCUUUUGACUCUGUUUUAUUGGUUAACUCGAAUUACACCAUGUCAAACUUCCAAGUGGUGCCUAAUGAAUUGCUAUUCAAACCUACAAACCACAAAUAUAUUUUGAAAUUCAUUAGUGGCACAACAAUCGCAAAUAUCGACAAACAUGAAAUCCUUGAAAAGAUGACUACCUUGACCCCAUUUGCUGAUAUUAUUUCAGGAAAAUGGCAGAAGUCUCUCCUAACUAGUACGAUUCCUAUAUAA